UCUCAUCUUCUCUGACAAUGGCGUCAAAUUGCGGUAAACCGCUUGAUAUUUAUCUUAAUAGCCGGAAGAAGAUAGUAGGUUUUGAAAAUAUAAUCGAAAAAAUAAAAGAGACACUUCAAAAAACAAAUUUAACAGAAGUUGAAAAUUCGAUGAUCAGUGAUUUCUUUUCAAAUGAAGAUACUUAUAUCGAAUUCAAAGUUGCAAGAAAAGGACCACUGGAGAUAUGUGUUGUUUCACUGAAUAAUAGAAAAUGCUUUGAAAUAAGAUGUGACUGUAAGGACGUCUCCAGACAGCAUGGACAGGGUAGUUUACGUUCAACUUACGUUACCCUACUCUGUAAAGCCAAAACACACAAUGAUUCACUUCAAGAUCGCUCAUGUCAAGAAAAAAUGACAGUAGAUACGUAUAAAAAUAAAACAUUGAAUCGCUAUCAAUUAGAAGUGACAUCUUCAAAGGCUGGAAAAAGUUUCAUAGAUCAAUACACAAGUACAAUUCUACUAAAUUCAAUUUAAUGCAACGUGGAAAAGGUAAGAAUAGAUAAGUUUAUUUUUGCUGGGAAUUGUUAAGUGCAGGUUAACGUGAGAUUAUGCAAUUUCGAAGACAUGAGAUAGGUCGCAUGAAGCUGAAUUAGUUCGUGUUCUUUUUCAAAUAAAGUUAAGACUGAAUAAGAUCAUCUCACCAAACAAAUUUCCGCUUUUGAUGUCAAAUUAAAAAGAAAUGUACAUUUGAAGUUUUGAGUUUGGGUCCCCGUGUCCAGUGAAUUUAAAA